AUGGUCUAUCACCUCCGCUUGUUAUUUGUUCACUCGCUGUUAACGUUGCCUUUGUUACGAGUUCUAUACAGAGAUUUACUCUCGGUUCGAGAGCGAAGAUCUACCGCCCUCUUCUCCAUUAACCACCUCACCUCUCUUGAAUCCUCCGUCGUCGCCCACCAGGGCCGCAUCCAUAACCCCGUCGGCUCAGACUCCGCCACCGACUAUCCUCUCUUCUCGGGUACUCGAAGCCGAAGAUUUGAUUACGGGAGCAGAAAUCUCAGGCAUUCAAGACCCAUCUCCGGGUUUCACUCCGACAGCGACCCGAGACUUGAACGGCACCAGAUCUCGUGGCGUGUCGGUUGGCUCUCGAAGGCUGGGUUUCGAUUGUUGUUCUCUCCGAUUGCGUUCCGAAGACGCGUCCACCCACCGCCGGUCACCGGUUAUGGCCGGAGAUACUGUCAUCGGCAAGUUGAAGGUCUCGCCCCGGUCGAUCCAAGACAAGCCACGAUCUAG